AUGUCAAAAUUUAGCAUUCCUUGUUUGGUCUCUGUCAAUGACUUUCUUAAGAUUGACUAUGAUUUCAUUGUCGUUGGUGGCGGAACUGCCGGCCUCGUUGUAGCCACCCGACUUACAGAAAACCCAAACAUACAUGUUGGUGUCCUCGAAGCCGGCCCAGCCCAUCUCAACGAUCCGAUGAUUAUGACGCCUGCUCUGUACCCUCAAAUGGUCGGCAAUCCGGAGUAUGAUUGGCUCCAACGCACUACGCCCCAGAAAGCGCUCAAUGGCAGAGUAUUCGACCAUCCUCGAGGGAAAGGUUUGGGAGGAUCAAGUGCUAUCAAUUUCGAAAUGUACAAUCGUGGCCAGGCGCUUGACUACGACGAUUGGGAGAGGCUGGGCAAUCAAGGCUGGAGUUUCAAGGAUCUGCUGCCAUACUUCAAAAAGCAUGAACAUUUCGAUGAUCCCUCAGGAUAUGCAUCUAAGAACAAUAUUCCUCUGGAAACCACCUACGACCCUAAUUUUCAUGGGAUCGAUGGACCCAUCCACACAAGUUUCAGCACAUGGAGAGUGCGACAGGAACGGGAAUGGAUCGCAGCGAGUGCGAAGCUCGGGGUGAGAAUGGGAAGUCCAAAGGAUGGGUGGAGUGGAGACCAUAUCGGUUUCUUCCACUCUCUCAGCUCUAUCAACCAAAGCGCCAGCCAUGCAGACGGAACAAGGAGCUAUGCGGUAACGGGGUAUCUCCUUCCCAAUGCAUCGCGACCCAAUCUCCACGUUUUGACAGACGCGCUUGUUUCCAAAGUAGUCGUGGACAAUGAAUCAGUCACUGGUCUUGAAUUCCUCCACUUGGGAAAUUUGUAUUCUGUCAAGACGAAAAAAGAAGUUGUGCUAAGUGCAGGCGCUUUCAAAACUCCACAAAUCCUAGAACUUUCAGGUAUUGGCAACCCAGACGUCUUAGCCAAGGCAGGUAUCAAAUGUCAAGUCGAAAACCGCCGCGUUGGGGAGAAUUUUCAAGAUCACCCCACCGUGGGCUUCACCUUGGAACUAGCCGACGGAGAGGAGAGCAUGGAUGCACUCAAAGAUCCCAUCGUCGCCCGAAAAUGCCUGGAAGAAUACAUGGCUAAAAAGACAGGGCCAUUCUCGAGCGGCGGCUCAGCAACAGGCUUUGCCUCUUUCGCAAAUCUCGCCACACCUGAAGAAGUCAAAGUGUUACAAACCUUGAUCCUCGACAGCUCAGAUCCGGCAAGUGAAGGACACACGAUGGAGGCGAAGAAGUUGCUAGCAGCGGCCCUCGGUAACCCCGACGACUCAACGUUCCAAUACCUCUUCUUGCCAGCUGCUCUCAAUAUAUCACGAGGUGAUUCUCAGGCUGCAAUGUUUGCGGGUUAUCCUGGUAUGGAAGGCAAGCAGGGAAUUUGUAUCGGGGUUGCUGUAGCAAGACCAGUAUCAGUUGGCUCGGUGCAUAUCACGAGCAGCAAUCCACAAGAUGAUCCGGCUGUCGACCCCGCGUUCCUUGCCCACGAAGCGGAUGUGGAAAUCUUGGCGAAAGGCCUGGAGUUUUGUCUCAAGUUGACGGAAACGAGUCCUUUUAAGGAGAAGAUUAAGAGGAGAUAUUACCCGGAUGAGAGCUUGGAUCUGAGUGAUAGGGAGCAGAGGAAGAGAUUUGCGAGGGAGAAUGUUUGUACAGAGUAUCACCCUUUGGGGAGUGUUGGAAUGGGUAAGAAGGGGGUGGGCGCCGUGGAUGAGAGAUUGAGAGUGUGGGGUACGAGGGGGCUGAGAGUCGUGGAUGCGAGUGUUAUCCCGUUGCAUGUUUCUGGGAAUAUUCAGAGUACGAUGUAUGCUGUUGCAGAGAAGGGGUCGGAUUUGAUCAAGGAGGAUUGGGGUUUCUGAUCUCCGCUUGGCUUGAGCUGGUUCAACUUUUUGCAGUAUUAAAAAUUUACCGCUGCUUGGUCUGAUCUAGUCAUUAUUCCGAGUGACGGUUCGUUGGGCGUCUCUACGACCAGAAAAGUGGACGAACUGCUAGAGAAAUGCAC